GUUGCGCGCAGGAUGACCUCCGUCACUCCGUCCACGGCAGCAGAAUCUCCAUCAGCCGCCCCACUACAGUGAACUCAACACGGGAAGCAUCUGACAAAACCCGACACAAACAACGUGUCAUCAGUAGAUUGUAUGCUCAUCAUCAGAUAUGGAAGCGGCGUCCUGCUCCUCUAGCCAGCGCAGCACUUUCAGCUACAGUUAUGAAGAGUAUAAGGAGACAGCAGACUGGCUGCUCGCCCACACAAAGCAGCGUCCUAAAGUAGCCAUCAUCUGUGGUUCAGGCCUGGGCAGUCUGGCUGACCUGCUGGGUGACAGGACUGUGUUCCCGUAUAAGGACAUUCCACGCUUUCCCAUCAGCACUGUGCCGGGCCACACCGGUCAGCUGGUGUUCGGGAAGCUGCAGGACCGUGAGUGUGUCUGCAUGCAGGGGAGAUUCCACUUCUACGAGGGCUACAACAUACACACGGUGACGUACCCGGUGCGAGUCUUCUUCCUGCUGGGCGUGGAAACUCUGAUUGUGACAAACGCAGCCGGCGGACUCAAUGGCAGCUACAAUGUGGGAGACGUCAUGCUCAUUAAGGAUCACAUCAACAUGCCGGGGUUUGCAGGGCAGAACCCGCUGUGUGGGCAUAAUGAUGACAGGUUUGGAGUGCGUUUCCCUUGCAUGUCGGAUGCGUAUGAUCGUGAGUUGAGGGCUCUGGCCAGGCAAACAGCAGAGGAGCAGGGCUGCAACAGCCUCCUGCAGGAAGGCGUUUACUGCAUGCUGGCUGGACCGACAUAUGAGACCAUUGCAGAGUGCAGAGUUCUGCAGACGCUGGGGGCUGAUGCUGUGGGUAUGAGUACAGUGCCUGAGGUGGUGAUGGCUCGUCACUGUGGCUUGCGGGUCUUGGGUCUGUCUCUCAUCACCAACAAGGUUGUGACAGAUUAUGACAGCAAUGCGAAGGCAAACCAUGAGGAGGUGCUGAGGACCACCCAGCGCCGAACCCAGGACCUCCAGAAGCUCGUCAGCAACCUCAUCACCAAGAUCUAGUGCCUUCAUCUGAAAUCUGCUGGCAAUUUUAAUUUGUUGUCGAUUCAUUCAUUGGGAAUUAAUCAUAACUUCAAACAAAAGGUAAAAAUUAUGUGCAGGGGUUGAGCUGGUUUAGUUGGUGUUGAUAAUUAUUUGAAUAUUGUAACAUGGUUAACUGGGGUAUGAGUGAGGUUUUUGAAGUAGAACGCAGAGUAAAGAAAACAUUUUUGAGAAUGUCAGUAUACACUAGAGAUGCUUGUAAUAGCUGGAAAUGUCCAAGACAUUUGAGUAUGUGUGUCUAGUUUGCUAUUCAGUAUUAUCACAAGGACUUUAACAAACCAGGAGAUGUUAGCUUGGACCCAGUCCUCUAUAUUUCUGACAGCUUCAGAGGUGCGAAGAGGUGAUGGUAUCUACACAUUAAAAGAGCAACAGUUGUCCAGUCAGCCAUUAAUAUGAACGUUAUAAUUGAGGGAAAGGAUUGGCUGCAUUUGUUUUUGGCUUAGCAUUGUUAAAUUUCUUUGGGCAAGAAAUGAUAAUUAGAAGAGGAUUACCAGAACCCUAGAAACACUUAGUAUGAGGCUGAAACGCAGUGUUUCACUACACUGGGCAGAGUGACAGCAUACGAAAUGGCUGGGACCUUUCUGAAGGCUAACAUAAUAAAUAUAAGACAAUUUAAUGGUCAGUUUAUGCUACUGGAUGCUAAUGACUACUAAUGGAUACAUUAGAUAAACUGGGAUGAUUGUGUCAUGGUUAGUAAUCACUCAAUAGCUUCCUGUUCUUGUUGGAGACUCAGCAAAUGUUUCCUUAUCAUGAUUGUCUAUCAUUAAGAUUUACACACUGUCACUGACAACCUGUCAAUUAGAGUGAUACCCUCCAUUAUUUAUACUUACCUUGGUUACAUGAAUACAUGCUAUAUGUCUAAUCUGCCCUUAGCGAGAGCAGUAUGUGCAACUACCACCUGUGAAUGCAUCAUCUAGCCUACCAUCUUAAGAUUUGUUCAGAAGACCCAGUGCACUUAUGCGUCGGCCUUGACAGGUCGGUGCAGGGCUAGAGGGAACGGCCCAUUACUUCUCCAGUGGGGAAUUAGACAAUCCACAUAAUAAGAGUUCCUAAUCAGGGAGCAUAUAGAAUAAUAAAUGAUAAAUACUUGUUUUAGCUAUAAAUCAGACUGGGUAUAUUUACACUGUGAUCAAAUCAGAGUUGUUUAUUUUUGAAGGAGACAAAUCACUGGUUUUAAUUAUGUAAUGUUUUUACUGAUGAAAAAAUGGGACAAAAUGGCAAUGCCAUGUGAAUCCUAAUUCUUGUUAGAUCUCCAGUGAGAAAAGAAAGUAAGGUUUUAUCUGUUUCUGGAAAGCCUGUCCUAUAGUUUCAGUAAUCUUGUAGAUCCGUGAAUUGUUAUAUAGAAAACUAAUAAUAAAUAAAAAAUAAAUAAAAAUAAUCUGAAAGAAAUACCUAAAAUCAAAGGCUAAUCCGGACAAGCAGUAGUGAUGUAUGAAGGUUUUUCUGCGGUGGAUUGCAUUUGGAUCCGUUUUAUUUGUAUACCAAGAGACCACAACACUGUAAUAUCAGGGAGAGGUACAAUAAUGAAAACUGGGCCUGCAGUUUUCAAUCUUCACUGCGCUGAUCUGGAACCUCCUGCCAGGUUCCCUUGACCGUCUCAUUCAUUAGAGCCGGAAAUCCUAGGUCAGCAGUCCACCUCUUAGACCAACAGGCUGAACAUCAAGAUGCUAAUAGUGCUCUUAAAGGGGAAUUCCACUCAGAAUGCAUUAAAAGUAAAAUAUGGUGCUGCUACAAUAAACUGGAAAACUUGUUAUUUAAAUACAAUUCCUUAAUUUUAAGACUAUUUUCCUGAGUGAGCACAACUUCAGAUUUAGCAUUUUGUUUCCUCGUUGGUCUUUAGUUGUCUGGUUUGCGACGUCUUCCACACGUUUGUAUUUAAUAGACCAUAUAUGCACAGUUGAAUCAUAAAUACUGUACUGUAUACUGUCUCAAGGCAAGAUCUAACUGCACUACUAUGUCUCUAUUGACUUAGAACAAUUUAUAUUUAUGCAGAUGUUGCUGUUGUCAAAUAAAGGCUUACAAAUUACAAAUUA